GGUGAACCGGGUAGUGCUUUUUUCAAAACGUCUACAUUUUCUGACUUGUUUUCGCAUCAUAAUGAUACCUGAUCCAUCCGAAUUAGUUCACGGUAAAUCAGUCGAUAUAGAAAAGCCUCGAUAUGAUCAGUCCACAUACAUUGGCAGAGCCAAACACUUUUUUAUUACAACUAAUCCUUUGAACGCAUUCAAAACAUCUACUGAAUUAGAAGAAGCAAGGACCAUCGUUCAUAAUUAUAGGAUAGGGAUUAUUCAACCCGGUUUAACUGUAGAAAAGCUUUGGCAAGCAAAAAAUGUGUACGACUCAGCGUUCCAUCCAGACACAGGAGAAAAAAUGAUACUCAUUGGACGCAUGUCAUUUCAAGUUCCUGGGAAUAUGUUUAUAACGGGUUGUUUGCUACAGUUUUACAAGUCUACACCGGCUGUCAUAUUUUGGCAAUGGUUUAACCAAACAUUCAAUGCCGUUGUAAAUUAUACUAAUCGUAGUGGUGACGCACCUAUUUCAUUAACACGUCUUGGGAUAUCAUAUGUUUUGGCUACUGGUGGAGCAUUAGGCACUGCAUUAACUAUCAAUAAACAAGUUCAAAAAUUCCCUCCUAUAAUUGGUCGAUUUGUACCAUUUAUUGCAGUCUCUGCAGCUAAUUGUAUUAAUAUUCCAUGUAUGAGAAGUGCAGAACUAACUGAAGGUACACCUAUAUUGGAUGAAAAUGGUGAGAAAUUGGGUAAAUCAACUGUUGUAGGACGUAGAGCUGUUAGUCAAGUGGUUUUAUCACGAAUAUUAAUGGCUUCCCCUGGAAUGACAAUUUUGCCUUUUGUGAUGCAGUCAUUGGAAAAACAAAAAUUGCUUAUUCGUUAUCCUUGGUUGGGAGCUCCAAUACAAAUUAGCUUAGUCGGUUUAGUAAUUUUGGUUCUGAUGUCGGCAUCUUCAGGUGACUGCAAGCUGCAUACAAAAACAAGACACUUCAACUGGUCUUCUAUCAUUGAUGAUAAUUUGAAACGCUCACACUCGCGAUUUACUAUACCAGCGUAUUGCACCCAGUCAUCGUCUCCAGCUUUAGCCAACUUCAGACAUUGGUAACGAAUAUUGAAUAAAGAUGACUGUUCACCAAAGAUUUGUGACAAAGUUACAACCGUUGCAUCAAAUGAAGUGUCUCUGGGAUUAUUGAAGUGAAUGAAGUUGGUGUAGCGUUCAUUUUCAGCUGUGCCAAGUUUGCGUAGCAGUACUCUGACUUUUGCGGUAUCAUCAAGUUUUUCUAGGUCGACCUUGAAUACAUAUUCGUAUUUCUUGAACCACGAUUCAAGUGUAACUCCAGCCAAAUCAUCGAAAUGAAAUUCAUGGAUAGAAUUAAUGAUGUGGUUGACGUGGGAUUUGAACGGACCAUCUGUAAGCUCCUUUUGAUUUAGAUUCAUUUGCUGGGUUAGAGCUUCUAGAAUACGAAUCUGGAACUGUUCGAAACGUUUUUCUUGACGCUCCAGCAAGGCUUCGAAUUAGUCAAAGGUUAUCACUUGUAACACCUUUAUGCUGUGCUGUAUUCCCACAAAUCAGUUCAAUUCCAUUUCAUAAACUUGAACCUGAUGUUCAAGCACAUAUUAAAGAAAUUCGAUCUGAUCGGUUACCUUCAGUUGUUUAUUAUAAUAAAGGUUUAUAAUUUGUUUUAAAUAAACAAAAACAAAAUAAAUGAAUGUUCGAAUUAAAUUCCAUAUCUGUAAGAAGUAAAUUAAUUUUAUAUGAAUGUAUUCCAUUUAUUCACAAUUGCAUUUUAGUUAUCAUUCUAAUAUUAUUUUUGUCAAAUGAUUUGUUAGAUUUGAAAUAGUCUAUUUAGAUGCAAUGUAUUUAAUAUACUUUUCUGGUGUAGAACAAUUGAUUUCAUUCAUUUAAACAAUAUUUCUACUUCUCUAACUAUUUAGUAAGUGUUCGAAGUAAUUGAAUAUACUGAGGAAUUGUUUUGUUCUUCU